UCAAGAUGUCUAUCAUCUUAACAUUUUGAAGACAUGUCAAUGCAAUGUCCUGAGACAUUUUGUGUGUCUUCAAGACACUAAUGUCAAAUAGUGCUAUGUCUUGAAACAUUUUAGGAAUGUUGGAAAUUUUUGAAAUUCAUGGAACAUUCUUCAGUUAACUCACAGUUGAUGCCAGACACAAAAACAACAAUCUGGUCAAACCUGGAGGAUUUAACAAAUGUUUUUUUUCUACUUGAGGAUGCCAACCUCGUGCUGCAGAGUAGACUGGACUUAUCUGACUGCUGACCUCUCUACAUGGAUAGUCUAAGGAUAUGAGGAUGGAAGACAUCAGCUGUCACCCAGAAAAUACAAGUGAGGACAGUGUGCUUAACUGAUUCAUGUCAAGCAGCCCUCGUGGACGACAUUCUGCUUCAGGUUAAGAGCAGCUCUGAGAUCCCCCAACAAGAUAUGACUCUCUGUCUAUAAAGACUUGAAGAGUUGUUUGGUGCUCUGUACCACCUUUACCAAAAGCUGUUUUGUUGCAUCUGAAAAGGUCUGUUUGAGGGUGGAUGGGGUGACAGCAGAAGAGAGGUAAUGGACUAGUACAGGGUGACAGGCUGCCAGGGAGCCGAGAGGAGGACAGGUGAGGAGCGGUGCUAUUGGAGCUUUAGCUGCUAGCGGAACGCUGUUAGUGUGGGAUGUUACGCUGGACGACUCACCUGGACGGAGGGCCGCGGAGGGUGAACCAUGCUGCCGUCUCCGUGGGACACAAGGUGUACUCCUUCGGAGGGUACUGCUCUGGAGACGACUACGAGACGCUGAGACAGAUAGAUGUGCACAUCUUCAACACAGUUUCCCUGCGGUGGAUGAAGUUGCCUCCAGUGAGAACAGGUGGUAGGGAACAUGCCAGGGAUGUCCCCUACAUGCGUUACGGUCACACAGCCGUACUGCUGGAAGAUACCGUCUACAUCUGGGGGGGUCGUAACGACACGGAGGGGGCCUGCAACGUCCUCUAUGCCUUCCACGUCAACAACCACCGGUGGUUCACCCCUAAGAUAUCUGGGACGGUUCCGGGAGCGAGAGACGGCCACUCAGCCUGCAUCCUGGGGAAGGCCAUGUACAUCUUUGGAGGGUAUGAGCAGCUGGCUGACUGCUUCUCUAAUGACAUUCACAAGCUGGACACCACCACCAUGGCCUGGUCACUAGUCAACGCAAGGGGUACUCCAGCUCGCUGGAGGGACUUCCACUCUGCCACCAUCGUUGGCACUAAGAUGUUUGUGUUUGGAGGCAGAGCAGAUCGCUUCGGUCCGUUCCACUCUAGUAAUGAGAUCUACUGCAACAAGAUAAAGGUGUUUGAUACAGAGACCAACAGCUGGCUGAACACUGCUACUACCCAGCUCCUACCAGAGGGACGACGUAGCCACUCAGCCUUUUCCUACAACGGGGAGCUGUAUAUAUUCGGGGGCUACAACGCUCGUCUGGACCGACACUUCAACGACCUCUGGAAGUUCAACCCAGAGGCGUUCUCAUGGAAGAAGGUGGAGCCUCAGGGUAAAGGUCCGUGCCCCAGGAGGAGACAGUGCUGCUGCUUGGUGGGAGAUCGUAUCAUCCUGUUUGGAGGAACCAG